AUGGAGGUUAGAUCUGAGGGUGGCAUACAGGUGCGUUGCGAUAAGCUUCCGGCGCCGGUGAUUGCGAGAACGCGUCUACAGGUGUGGUUCAUCCGGGUGUGUUCAAGCUUGUUUCUUUGGACGUGUUUGGUUCAGUUAGUGGCGGUUGGUGAGCUAUGGCAUCCACAUUUGCUCUCCAAUAUAACCAAUCGUAUUUCGGCAAUUACGCAGGAUCCACUUCCGGCGGUUCCGUCGCCGCCGCCUCUUCUCCCUGCAAGAAAUUAUACAAGUAAUGGGUUUCUUAGAGUUUCCUGCAAUGGGGGCUUGAAUCAAAUGCGUGCUGCGAUCUGUGACAUGGUGACUGUUGCUCGGCUUUUAAAUCUCACAUUGGUUGUUCCGGAGCUUGAUAAGACAUCUUUCUGGGCUGAUCCUAGUAAUUUUGAGGAUAUCUUUGAUGUAAGACAUUUCAUUGAUUCGCUGAGAGAUGAAGUCCGAAUUGUCAGAAGACUGCCGAAAAUGUUUAGUAGGAAAUAUGGACAUAAACCAUUCGAGAUGCCUCCUGUUAGUUGGUCAAACGAAAAAUAUUAUCUGGAACAGAUUUUGCCACUUAUUAGCAAGCAUAAGGUGUUGCACUUUAACAGAACGGAUGCACGUGUGGCAAACAAUUGGAUACCUCUUGAUCUUCAGAAACUCAGGUGUCGUGUUAAUUUCCAGGCACUGAAGUUCACUCCUCAGAUUGAGACUUUGGGGUACAAAUUGGUUCGUAUACUCCAGGAGAAGGGACCUUUUGUGGCUUUGCAUCUAAGGUAUGAGAUGGACAUGUUGGCUUUCUCAGGUUGCACUCAUGGAUGCACUGAGGAAGAAGCUGCGGAGCUCAAACGAUUGAGAUAUGCAUAUCCUUGGUGGAGAGAGAAAGAGAUAGUGUCUGAAGAGAAGAGAUCACACGGUUUGUGUCCUCUGACACCUGAGGAGAGUGCAUUACUUUUGCAAGCAUUGGAUUUUCAUAAGAACACACAGAUCUAUAUAGCAGCUGGUGAGAUUUAUGGUAGUGAAAGGAGACUUGCCCCGUUAAGAGCUGCAUUUCCACGAAUUGUUAAAAAAGAAAGUCUUCUCUCCUCGGAGGAGUUGCAACAAUUUCAGAAUCAUUCAUCUCAAAUGGCUGCUUUGGAUUUUAUAGUUUCCGUAGCUAGUAAUACUUUCGUUCCUACGUAUGAUGGGAACAUGGCGAAACUUGUUGAAGGUCACCGAAGGUACCUUGGGUUUAAGAAAAGCAUCUUGCUAGAUAGGAAAAGACUUGUGGAGUUGUUGGACAUGCAUCUGAAUGGGACACUUUCAUGGAAUGAGUUUUCAGUUGCUGUACGAUCCACUCAUGAGAAGAGAAUGGGACAGCCAACUCGACGUCGAGUUAUUGCAGACAAGCCGAAGGAGGAAGAUUAUUUUUAUGCAAAUCCUCAAGAGUGCCUCUGCGAGGGAACAAAUUGUGACAACUUGCUUAGCCCUAGCAACUCAAGUGAAGUUGGGUGA